AUGCUUUAUUUAAUUUACCACAUCACUACAUUUUAUAUUUUACCAUAUGCUUAUAUUAAGCCAGUGGCUUCAUGUGUAAUUUCUGAUUGUUUUCCAUCAGAUGGAAAAGAGAAGGGAUUGGAACCAUUUGUAUAUGACUAUGAGAGUUUGAGGAUCUGGGGUUUGGCGUUUGCUGUGGUGCUGUUUGCUCUGGGAGUGCUCCUUAUUCUCAGCCGCAGAUGCCGCUGCAGUAUCAACCAGAAGUCUAGGGCUCCAGGAGAUGAAGAAGCUCAAGCAGAGAACCUUGUGGUCUCCAAGACCAAGGAGACUCCUAUAGCAGAGAACUGAAGCAGUCCAGUGUUGUUAAAUGCAUAGCCGUGACUUGAACGACUUCACUGAUGCUGCGGAUGCUGAUGAUGAUGAAGCUGAUUCCAGACCAUGGCUAUGAGAGGAAAGAGAGGAGACAAGAAUUUUGUGGGAGGAGUUGAUGGGUCAGUGUCUUGUACGUAGACCUCUAGUCCUGUCACGUGAACAGUAACUGUAUCCGUCUUUCCGUGCGUGCCCUCUUGCAAUAGUCUGUCUUGAGUGAGUUGUUUUAGCAAAACGAGACACUUUCUGCAGAUCAUUCUUAACGUUUUUGGCUCCUCUCCAACUGAACGUAUGCAUGUGUUUAAAAGGAGCAGUUCACCCAAAAAUUUAUAUUCACAUUCCAUUCCAAAUAUUUCUGCCAAAUAUUUAUUUGUAUUUUUUUAUGCUGAACACAAAAAGCGGUAAUAUUAAAUAUUCUGUAUGUAGCCCUUAUCAUAUAAUGACAAAAAAAAAAAAAAACACCAUAGUUUAAAUUUUUGGAUGAACUGUCCCUUUAAUAAAAAAAAUAGAUAAAUAAAAAGGUUUUAACGUCCAACAGUGAAUAACUGUUGCUGUUAUUGUUGGUGGGACCGCUUGUUAUUGUCAUUUGUGUCACACCUGCUGUUUUUCUUUUUUUUCUAUUGUAUAUUAUAUAGAUUAUAUGCACACAUACAUUAUUUAAUAUAAGUAUUGAUUCAUAUGUGAUGAAGAAUAUAUAUUUAAAUAUACAAUGUACACAUGUGUGCCCGCGUAUGGAUAGAUCAUGUAGAGCUCGCACGAAUGCUCACAUUCAGGGCACCUCCUCCUGACAAUCUUUCGAUCGUUGAACCCAGACCAAGCACAAAAAAUAACUCGGUACCACUACUAUACCAGAGGGGGCGCUAUACCACUGUCCUCUGAUCAGCUGUAACACUGCCGGGCUCAAAGCCCCUAUUCGGACCCACAGUCUAAACGUCUGCGGCCUGAGAACGAGACCGCAGGAGCAGUUCACUUCACCAUAGUGCCGCAAACCUGUGUCCUUUACCUUUACUAUAAAAUGUCUUCUGUAGCCUACGUAUUCACUUUCUUAAAUUAAUAAGUCACCCAGAAAUGUAAAUAUUUGUCAUCGUCUACUCACCCUAAUGUCGUAAAAAAAAAAAAAAAAAAAGAUGGUUGUCAUUGUUAUGUGGAGCAAAAAAAAAUGGUAUUUUGCUAAAUGUCCAAGUAGCUGUUUUGCAUAUAGUAAGGUAAAGCAUAAAGCAUGCUUGCACAUGUGCAGCUGAACUCCUAGAACUUUCUAGUAUUUUACACAGGUGGUCAACGUGCACAAGGAAGUUUCAUCCUUUUUCAGUGUCUGUGCUUUAUCUAUCUAAAAGUUAUGAGAAACAAAAAUGUUAGCUGUUGUCUUCGAAAGUAGUUUGUUUGGUGUUGUUGACUGUGAAACAACGGGCAAAGGCAGUGUUGCCACCUUGUGGACA